GGUUAACAGCAGGACACAUUACACAAACGCAGUGGCCGGGAAUCCGCUGUGUCCCAGGAUUUUCUCAGCUAAUCGAAGCAGGAGUAGGAGGAGUGAUGUUGGCAGCACUGGCGGCGGUGUGCCAGUGGGUGGGCGCCGUGGUGCUGGCGUCGCUGCUGGUCUGGUUGGUUGGCACCGCCCUGGACAAGCUGAGGCCACUGCGGCUCCUGGACAACUUGCCGUCGCGCGCCGUCCUCAUCACAGGCUGCGACUCUGGCUUCGGGCACGAACUGGCUCGCCAUCUGGACGGGCUGGGCGUGCCGGUGUUCACGGGCUGCUUGCUCCUUGACGGCCCCGGUGCGCGCACACUCGCCGCAGACUGCUCCUCCAGGUUGCGCGUACUGCCGCUAGAUGUCACCUCAGACCAGCAGGUGGCCGACGCUGUCGUCUCCGUCCAAACAGCACUUUCGCACGCGCCGGGCACAGAGUUGUGGGCGGUGCUAAACAACGCAGGAAUUGCCGACAUCGGCGAAACGGACGUCACGCCGCUGGAAAAAUUCAAGCUGGAUCUGGAGGUAAACACGGUGGGGGCCAUAAGGGUUUCCAAGGCGUUCCUGCCGCUUCUCAAGAAGUCCAAGGGCCGCCUCAUCAACGUUAACAGUCCUUAUGAACUCCAAUGGCUGACGUAGAGCGCUUGCAGGCGAAGUACUUUGAAAAUACUGAGAAGACUCUGCCUGAUGACGUUCGACAGGCGGCAAGAAAGAAUUGUGAGGUACUUCUCAGAGGGUCCAAGUGAUUCGCCUCGAAAAACAUCUCAGAGGUCAUUGACGAUAUGGUGUCAGCCUGUGUCGGCCGUGAUGUACAGGUUUGUGCUUGAGAAAAUCGGCAUUCUCAAAAUCCUUUCCAGUGGAGCUAAAGGGAAUGCACAGGCCAAUGACAAACACUUUUCCAGCACAGCUAUCUGUAUUAAAACUCAUGACUCUCGGAAGACAAAAUUAGCAUCAAACUAAUAUGUUUGGUCUUAACUGCUGUGGUCAUUGUUUCGAAGUACUGUAUUUCCAGACGUUGUAUUUAAUAUAUGUUCAUAACCGGCUGUGUUUUUCUGGUUGUUUCUUCUUGUUUUCUAG